AUGUUCAUCAUCGGACAAGGAAGACUUCCUGUCUCUCAAGAAACUCAAACAAUUCAAGGUUGCAUAAGUUCUAUUCUCCCAAAAAAAAGUAAAUGGCCGUCUUCCACCAACUACGUACUAGCAGGCAUUCACCGCGAUGAUCAGCAGUUGGCAGUUACUGAAAAUUAUCAAAGCCAGCCCAUAGGUGGCGGCUGGGGAAGAGAAUGGAAACAGAGCUUGAAAAGCCAAGGUUUAUAUCAAAUCUCAUAUAUACAUCAUCUGGACGCCAGGCGAGCCGUACUUUUUUAUAAAUCCGGUGUGUCAGUCCGAGUUCCAGUUCGAGAUUCCAACGAGCUCUUCCAAGCCAACCACACAACGCUGGAGGAUAUUGAAGUGUGCAGGGACCGGUCUCGGGGGCUUUGUUUGCUAGAUACCAGCAAAGGAUGCCAAGAGCUGGUUCGUAGCACGGCCCACAAGCUUGAUCGGGUGGUCUUUGACGUCAAGUCAAAAAGGUAUCAUCGGAAUCGUGAGUGA